GGUCACUGCUUCUCCCCCCUUUAUUGCGCACUAACACCCAAAAAAAUCUUUUUUUUUUUAAAUAAUAAUGGACACUUUACAAGAUGUUUUUAAAGGCUCAGCCUCCAAAGAUGUGGACUAUAUUCAAUACUCGAUUUACUUACCACCCAAAGAAACGUCUGCUGCAACACUCGAUUACCUAAACGACACACUCCUCAUGAUUCAAUCACACAUUCAACCCAUGAUCUCAGGUUACAUUUGGCAAAAAGAUUGCUUUUUUCUCUCCAUCGCACACGAGCAGCACGGCGAUCCCGAUUAUCCUUUCCUCUUUGGCAUCUCACGAUUCGGUGACUGCAUCAAUGACGAAUGGUUCAUGGUACACCUUCUUCAGUCUAUUUCCACACUCCUUCCCGAAGCCGUCAUCACCAUCGUCGACAAUGACGGUGACGUACUCCUCAUCGAAGCCGCUCUGGCUUUACCUCACUGGCUCGAUCCAUCCAACAGUCAGAACCGUGUCUACUUACAUCAAGGCAAGGUUCACAUUAUACCUCUGGCAUCAUCACCAGCCCAUAUCUUACAAAACCCUCUUGCCGGUCAUUUGGCACGUCAAACCGCUAUUCACCAUAUACGUCAACACAGACCCAUCGCUUCCUCAGCUGUACAAGCAGCUAUCAGCGAGCGUACCUCUGUGUACCCUCUCGCUGCUCGUAAAGAGCGUCAUCGCGCCUACUGUCAAUUACCCACCAAGGCAGCCUUUGUCUUGCUCUCCGAACCUCAACUAGUGACAUUAGCCAUCGAGGCCUUUUAUCUACGCGAUCCCAUUUCCUUGAAAUCAUGUGCACGUAUGCAAACUUUCUCGCCUGUCAACACGGUAGAAACAACCAUCCAAUUCACUCGAACCACGUAUGCACAAACUGUCAGCCAAAAAUUCUACGCGCCCAAACCUUUUCGAUUACCCUCGAUCUCUCAAAAGAAACAAUUCAAGUAUGCGGAAUUAGGGAUGAAAUUGGCCUGUGGAUUAGAAAUGCUAUACCAUCAAUCGAGUACGACAAGGCAGGGAGACAGCCAUGAUUUCUCCCGAGAUAAAAAAUAUACAGCAUAUCUGGCCCAUUUAACGGGAUUAGGGUAUUUUCGAAAUGAACGCGCCGGAUCCCAAUUAUACAAGUCGUUGGAACUCGUUUGUCAACAGCAGUAUCUGGCAUUUCAGCAAGGGCAAAAGAAGGAGAACUAUGUGGAGUUGGAUGACUUGGAUGUACAGGACGAUGAUUUAUUUGAGGGGAGUAGUAAUGUUUUAUCGGAUGGAUCCUGUGUGCGAGAUCGCAUCGAUGCACUUUUACAGAGUUAUUCAGAUGAGGCAUUAGAGGCAUUGAUAGCACAGACAUUACCUGAAGAAUCGGAUGAUUGGAUGAACGUGGAUCCUCAACAAUUGGAAGAGUUGUUAAUGAAACGUAUGGGACAUGUCAAGGAGAGCAUGAUGGAGGAUUUAGCUAAAGAUUUUGCACAAGAAGAAAAUGUGGAUCUGGAAUCAAUGAUGUCCAACUUAGAAAACUUUGUAGAGAAUAAGAAAAGUGGUAUUGAUGGAGUGGAUAUGAUGGAUGAUGAAUCAGACGAGGAAGACACGGAUGAAGAAGAAGAGGAAGAGGAGGAAGGUGCCAUUAAGUUUAAUAUGGAAGAAUUUAUGCGUAUUCUCAAGGGCGAUAAGAAGGAAGAAGAGUCGUUUAGAGAUGUGAUGCAAGAAAUGGAUGCUGAAAUAUCAAGUCACGAUAAAUUGACCCAAUCUUUUGAAAAGACAGUAGAAGAGGAUGAGGAUGCACCUGUGGAUGUUCAACUUAAUUUGGUCAAAAAUGUCUUGGAGAGUUUCAAAAGUCAACAAGGUUUACCAGGUCCUGUGGGUAAUCUUUUCAGUCAAUUUGGAUUUGUACUUCCAGGUGAUAACGAAGAAGAAGAAUAAAUUAUUAGGUUUUUUUUUUUGUGUUUUUUUGAUGUUACAUUAUAAUAAAAAAGGUGU